CUCGACUCGGAGAGCUCCGAUUUAAUUACUGAAUCCACAUUUUUGAAUCUACUGCUAUGCACGUUACAAGAUUCGUCUAAACAGAGAAACGCUGCUUACACUUGAUGAAAGAUGGAGGAUGACAAUAAGUGUGUCAAGACCUCGACUCACAGGAGAGGACCAGAUGGAGAAGAAAAGCACAGACGUUGUUCAAAGAGGAUCAACUCGGGAUCCCCAAAAACAGAUCAGGGAAUACAGAAAGGGGGGCGCUAUGACUGUUCACUGUGUGGGAAAAGUUUCUCCAGUGCAUCGCACCUCAAUCGCCAUCAGAAAACUCAUACAGGAGAAAAACCUUGUCUGUGCUUGCAGUGCGGGAAACGUUUCUCCAAUGCAUCAAACCUCGCUCGCCAUCAAAAAACGCACGUCGAAGUGAAACGUUACCACUGCUCAGAUUGUGGGGAAACGUUUCUUAAAUUGAAUAAAAUCAUAGAACACCAGAGAAUCCACACAGGAGAGAAACCUUAUAUAUGCCUGCAGUGUGGGAAAGGUUUCCCCAUGUCAUCGUUACUCACUCGUCAUCAGAAAGUCCAUAUCAGAGAUCCAUCUUACCGCUGCUCAGAUUGUGGGAAAGACUUUUGUAAUGGGACUAGAUUGAAAUUGCACCAAAGAGUCCACACUGGAGAAAAGCCUUACAAAUGUACAUAUUGUGGGAAAAGGUUCACUUUUUUAAGCUCUGUUACGGUACACCAGAGGAUUCAUACGGGAGAGAGACCAUAUCCUUGCACGGUAUGUGGGAAGAGAUUCGUUAACUCAAGUUCCCUCUACAGUCAUUUGAAAGUGCAUAGUGGGGAGAAGCCUUUCGGCUGCGUGCUGUGUGGAAGUAGGUUUGCGAGAUCAGCAGAAUGGAAAACCCAUAACAGGCUUCACACUGGAGAGAGACCUUACCGUUGCACUCUGUGUGACAAACAGUUUUCUCAGCACGCUCAUCUAAAAACUCACUUGAGAAUGCAUACUGGAGAGAGGCCGUUUCAUUGUUCAUUCUGUAAGAAAGACUUUUCUCAGAGCAGCCACCUUAAGGUGCACCUCAGGAUACACACCGGUGAGAAGCCUUAUCAGUGUUCUCAGUGUGUAAAGACUUUCCACACAUUUAGUCAUCUUAGGAUUCACCUGAGAAGCCACACGGGAGAGAAGCCGUACCCGUGCUCUGUGUGUGGGAAGUGUUUUUCCCAGUCCAGUGAGCGUAAAGUUCACCAGCGGGGAAGAAAUUGCAAGAAGUCAGAUGAUAUUGAAAGAACUGUGGAAACACUUAAGAAACACUAAAAGCUGUGAAGGUGGAUGCAUAUAAGAUGUUGGAUGUUUUUGUUUGUUUGUUUGUUUGUUUGUUUGUUUUUUAGUGCCAUCAAACUGGGAGCUUUUUGCAAGGUGUGGCACUUCAUUGUGGAUGGAUUACUCAAAUGUGUUCAAAAUGCUGCGAGUCUGCCAUGCUUUGGAUUAAACAGAGCCUGAUAUCUUUGUUGUUGUUCCGUCGGUCUCGUCAUAAUAUGGUUUGCGUCUUAAAGGAGAAAUACGCCGAGUACUAACCCCAGGGGAAAAAAAUUGGCUUUCCCUAGCUUGAGUUGCUACACUACAGAAGCAUAUACAUGUACAUGGAAGCUCACCGACAUGCCCCCACAGUGUAGUGCAGUAGCUGCCUGUCUGCUUUAGCUGCUGUCAUGUGGCAACUUGAGCUAAGUAAAACAGAUUUUUUUCAGGGUUUUUUUUUUUUUUGUACCGAUAGUACUUGGUGACCUCUGCUGGCUGUAGCAACUUGAGCUUGAUAGCUUUGGAUAACUUGAUUGGGCAAGACAAAAUAUUACUUUAAAGGAGAAAUGUAAAAGGGCAUCAUUUUGAAAAAUAUGUUAUUGUGCAAUUUGUUCUUAGUCAGGUAGCUGUGUCUAGAUGAUCAACUGAAUAUGAACUCAUGUUGUAACAUAUAUUAUCUAGAUCCCCGGAAUGAUAAUAGCCUACUGAUACAGCACAAUCACAUAUUUUGCAUUAUGAUUUUCCAUUUUUAUACUUCCAUCACAAGGACUUAGAAAUCCAAUUAGUCUUUCUAGAAGCCUCCGGUUAUUCUGCAUGUUGUCCUUUCUGUAGUCAAUAAAUAUC